GAGAGAGAGAGAGAGAGAGAGAGAGAGUGUGUGUGUGUGUGUGUGUGUGUGUGUGUGUGUGUGUGUGUGUGUGUGAGAGAGAGAGAGUGUGUGUGUGUGUGUGUGUGUGAGAGAGAGAGAGAGAGAGAGAGUGUGUGUGUGUGUGUGUGUGUGUGUGUGUGUGUAAGAGAGAGAGAGUGUGUGUGUGUGUUUUUGUCGAGGUGAAGUUGGCUGAAAAGAACAAAAGCAUCGCGGGAAUCGUUACAGACUGAAGCUGACACCGUCACCGCAGGUAGACAUGGCGAUGCGAGGCCACACCCCUGGGUCAUUAAUGAGUAAUCACACUAAGGAGAGAGUGACCAUGGCCAAGGUGACUCUGGAGAACUUCUACAGCACACUGAUCACACAGCAUGAGGAGAGAGAGAUGAGGCAGCAAAAACUGGAGAAAGUAAUGGAUGAAGAGGGACUUCCUGAUGAAGAGAAACGAGUGAGACGAUCUCAGCAUGCAAAGAAGGAGACAGAGUUCCUGCGCUUGAAGAGAACAAGACUUGGUUUGGAUGACUUUGAGUCCCUGAAAGUGAUCGGACGAGGAGCAUUUGGAGAGGUGCGUCUGGUGCAAAAGAAGGACACAGGCCAUGUUUAUGCCAUGAAGAUCCUGCGUAAAGCCGACAUGUUAGAAAAAGAACAGGUGGCUCAUAUCCGAGCAGAGAGAGAUGUACUGGUUCAGGCAGACAGUCUGUGGGUGGUGAAAAUGUUUUACAGUUUCCAGGAUAAACAGAAUCUUUACCUGCUCAUGGAGUUCCUGCCUGGAGGUGACAUGAUGACACUGCUUAUGAAGAAGGACACACUGACUGAAGAGGAGACACAGUUUUAUGUAGCUGAAACGGUUCUAGCCAUCGACUCCAUCCACCAGCUCGGCUUCAUCCACAGGGACAUCAAACCUGAUAACCUGCUGCUUGAUUCAAAGGGUCAUGUUAAACUCUCUGAUUUUGGUCUGUGUACCGGACUUAAGAAAGCUCAUCGUACAGAGUUCUACAGAAAUCUCAGCCACAGCCUCAACACUGACUUUACUUCUCAGAACAUGAACUCUAAGAGGAAAGCAGAAACGUGGAAACGCAAUAGGAGGCAGCUGGCAUUUUCCACUGUGGGAACUCCAGACUAUAUCGCUCCAGAGGUGUUUAUGCAAACCGGCUACAACAAGCUCUGUGAUUGGUGGAGUCUGGGUGUCAUUAUGUAUGAGAUGCUGAUUGGAUAUCCACCCUUUUGUUCUGAGACUCCUCAGGAGACGUAUAAAAAGGUGAUGAAUUGGAAGGAGACACUGGUUUUCCCCCCUGAGGUGCCCAUUUCUGAGAGAGCCAAACACCUCAUCCUCAGGUUCUGUUGUGAAGCAGAUCAUCGUACUGGAGCUUCAGGAGUUGAGGAGAUUAAGAGGAACCCGUUCUUUGAGGGAGUUGAUUACGAUCACAUCAGAGAGAGACCAGCUGCAAUCCCCAUCGAAAUCAAAAGCAUUGAUGACACAUCAAACUUUGAUGAGUUUCCUGAGUCAGACAUCCUGCAGCCUGCAGCUGCAGCAGCGAGUAGUCAUGCGGAGUCUAACUAUAAGAAUAAGGACUGGGUUUUCAUCAACUACACGUAUAAGCGGUUUGAGGGUCUGACAGCACGAGGAGCGAUUCCAUCCUACAUGAAGGGAGGGAAGAGAUGAGUGCAGACACACACCUGUCCUUAUGUCUGUCCAUCUCACAUUAGUACUUUUACCCCAACACUAGGUGACUUCAUGCUAUCCCAUCAUCCCCUGAGUCACACACACACAACACUGAGUUACUUUUGGCUGACAUCAGGAGGGAGUUAUUUAUUUGAUUCCAACAUUUCUCAUGUUGCUGUAGCAACCAGAGGUACAGAAACAUCACACACACUCCCACACACACUCCCACACACACACUCCCACACACUCGCACACACACUCCCACUCACACACACACUUGCUUACACACACAGUGUGUCACUUUUAUACAUACAUACAUAUAUAUAUUUAUAGCCUGUAUUUUUGUGUCAUUUAUUUGUAUCAAACACACACACGUAUAAUGCUCAAAUAAUAUUCCAUCAUAAAUUAUCUGUCAUCAGUUUGUGUGUUUCUUAUUUGAUUUUAUUUUCUAUUUUUUAUUAUAGUCACAGACUUUGUUUUUUUUCCUCUUUAUAUUGUUGCCAUGACGACAGAACACUGUUUCUGAUAUUGCUCAUAAUCUUUAUUUAUUCCUGUGUAUAUUAUGUUUAUAUUUUGCUGUAAUAUAAAAUGUGUAGAUGGUACGAGCUGAAUGGGAGACAGUACAACUGUUCAUGGAGAUCAGCCUCCACACACACACACACACACACACACACGCACAGUGUUAUUCUGUGUUGAAAUUAUACAAUAAAAUGAUUCAGUCAUGA